CUAUCUGGUCCCGGCAGCAGCGAUGUCCCCCGGCAGGAAUGUCCCUCCUCAGAUAAUGUUAUUUAUAUCUCUGGGCGGGUCUGUGGCUCGGCAGCACCAGGCGCCCGGCGGCCGCUGUGCCAGGAGCCCCGCGCUGCCCUCCUCCCUCUGCGCCCCAGUUGCCCCGCUGUUGCUCCGGGCUCUAGGUGGCUGCAGUUUCAGCCCAAGUGCAGCUGUCCCAAAGGUGCUGAGGAAAGAGAUGGAAUUUGUAUGUGAGGCACAGCAAGAAGGCCAGUUUCAAUGAACUGGGAGUAUGUGAAGGGGAGUACUGUAUAAUGCAACAGUAAAGGGGCCCUUUCAUGAGGACUGAGGCAGGAGCUGCUGCUGAGAGCCUCCCGACAUGACAUCCGCCACUGAGUUUGACAACGUGGGCAUCCAGCAGUACAGCAGGAUCAACGCCCGCUGGGACUCCCCGGACAAUGAGUUGGACAAUGACAAUAGCUCCGCCAGGCUCUUUGAGAGGUCUCGGAUCAAGGCUCUAGCAGAUGAGCGGGAAGUUGUGCAGAAGAAGACGUUUACGAAAUGGGUGAACUCACACCUAGCACGUGUGUCCUGCCGUAUUGCUGACCUCUACAAGGACCUGCGGGAUGGAAGGAUGCUUAUCAAACUUCUGGAAGUCCUCUCAGGAGAGAUGCUGCCAAAGCCUACAAAAGGGAAGAUGCGGAUUCACUGCCUGGAGAAUGUUGACAAAGCCCUGCAGUUCCUCAAGGAGCAGCGAGUACACCUGGAAAAUAUGGGUUCUCAUGACAUUGUAGAUGGCAACCACCGCCUCGUCCUGGGUCUCAUCUGGACCAUCAUUCUUCGCUUCCAGAUCCAAGACAUAGUUGUUCAGACUCAAGAGGGUCAGGAGACUCGCUCUGCUAAGGAUGCACUACUGCUUUGGUGUCAAAUGAAGACGUCAGGGUAUCCCCACGUCAAUGUCACCAAUUUUACCUCCAGCUGGAAGGAUGGCCUGGCUUUUAAUGCCUUGAUUCACAAGCAUCGGCCAGAUCUGAUUGACUUUGAGAAGCUGAAGGACUCCAAUGCCCGGCACAACCUGGAACAUGCAUUUGAUGUGGCAGAAAGGCAACUGGGUAUCAUCCCACUCCUUGACCCAGAAGAUGUCUUCACAGAGAAUCCUGAUGAGAAAUCCAUCAUUACCUAUGUGGUGGCAUUUUACCAUUAUUUCUCCAAGAUGAAGGUGCUGGCUGUGGAGGGCAAGCGUGUUGGCAAGGUGAUCGACCAUGCCAUUGAAACUGAGAAGAUGAUUGAAAAAUACAGUGGGCUGGCCUCUGAUCUGCUUACCUGGAUUGAGCAGACUAUUACUGUCCUCAACAGCCGCAAAUUUGCCAACUCCCUGAGUGGGUUACAGCAGCAGUUGCAAUCUUUCAGCACCUACCGUACUGUGGAGAAGCCACCCAAAUUUCAAGAGAAGGGGAAUCUGGAAGUCCUGCUUUUCACCAUCCAGUCCAGGAUGAGGGCCAACAAUCAGAAAGUGUACACACCACAUGAAGGGAAACUUGUGUCUGACAUCAACCGGGCCUGGGAAAGCCUGGAGGAAGCUGAAUAUCGAAGGGAGCUGGCCCUGAGGAAUGAACUCAUUCGGCAAGAGAAAUUAGAGCAAUUGGCCCGGCGCUUUGACCGCAAGGCUGCAAUGAGGGAGACGUGGCUCAGUGAGAACCAGCGCCUGGUUGCCCAGGAUAACUUUGGCUACGACCUGGCUGCUGUGGAAGCAGCCAAGAAGAAGCAUGAAGCCAUCGAGACGGAUACUGCUGCUUAUGAGGAGAGGGUGAAGGCUCUGGAGGAUCUGGCCCAGGAACUCGAGAAGGAGAACUAUCAUGACUUGAAGCGCAUCAAGGCGAGGAAGGACAACAUCCUGCGGAUGUGGUCCUACUUGUUGGAUCUGCUGCAAUCUCGGCGCCAAAGACUGGAGAUGACCCUGACCCUGCAGAAGCUCUUCCAAGAUAUGCUUCACAGCAUCGACUGGAUAGAUGAGAUCAAGGUUCACCUCCUGUCCUCUGAGUUUGGAAAGCACUUGUUGGAGGUAGAGGACCUGCUUCAGAAGCACAAGCUGAUGGAAGCUGACAUUGCCAUCCAGGGAGAUAAAGUGAAGGCAAUCACAUCAGCUGCUCUCCAGUUCACAGAUGGGAAAGGUUACCAGCCUUGUGACCCCCAGGUCAUCCAGGAUCGGGUCAGCCACUUGGAGCUAUGCUUUGGGGAGUUAAGCUCGAUGGCUGUGGGGAGGAAGGCCCGGCUGGAGCAGUCCAAGCGACUGUGGAAGUUUUUUUGGGAUAUGGAUGAGGCGGAGAGCUGGAUCAAGGAGAAGGAGCAGAUCUAUUCCUCAUUGGACUACGGCAAGGACUUGACCAGUGUGUUAAUCUUGCAACGUAAGCACAAGGCCUUUGAGGAUGAGCCGGGACUAGAUGCCCACCUGGAGCAGAUGAUGAAGGAAGCAGAGGAGAUGGUGGCCCAGAAGCACUUUGGACACCCACAGAUUGAGGCCCGCAUCCGGGAGGUGUCUGCCCUGUGGGACCAGCUGAAGGAGCUGGCUGCUUUCCGUAAGAAAAACCUCCAGGAUGCUGAGAAUUUCUUCCAGUUCCAGGGGGAUGCUGAUGACCUGAAGGCCUGGCUUCAAGAUGCCCACCGCCUGCUCUCAGGAGAGGAUGUUGGACAAGAUGAAGGGGCUACCCGGGCCCUGGGAAAGAAACAUAAGGACUUUCUGGAGGAGCUGGAGGAGAGUCGAGGGGUGAUGGAACACCUGGAGCAGCAAGCCCAGAGCUUCCCACAGGAAUUCCGGGAUUCUCCUGAUGUGAACAAUAGGCUGCAGGCCCUCCGGGAACUUUACCAGCAGGUGGUAGCCCAGGCUGACCUGCGUCGGCAGAGGCUACAGGACGCCCUGGAUUUAUAUACGGUAUUUGGUGAGACAGAUGCCUGUGAGCUAUGGAUGGGGGAGAAGGAGAAGUGGCUGAACCAGAUGGAGAUCCCAGAUACUCUGGAGGACCUAGAGGUGGUACAGCACAGGUUCGACAUUCUGGACCAGGAAAUGAAGACACUGAUGGCCCAGAUUGAUGGGGUAAAUCUUGCUGCAAACAGCCUGGUGGAAAGUGGCCACCCACGUAGUGCAGAAGUGAAGACCUGCCAGGAUCAUCUGAACCUCAGAUGGGAAGCAUUCCAGAUCAUGGUGUCUAAGUGUCGGAAGGCAGUGGACUCUGCACUCAGUGUACACAACUAUUGUGUGGACUGUGAGGAGACAGGCAAGUGGAUUCUGGACAAGACAGAAGUGGUAGAGUCAACAAAGGAUCUUGGCCGGGACCUAGCAGGAGUGAUUGCUAUCCAGCGGAAACUGUAUGGACUGGAGCGGGAUGUGGCUGCUAUCCAAUCCCGGAUGGGUGCUCUUGAGCGGGAGUCCCAGCGGCUGAUCCAGGAGCAUCCUGAAUUACAGGAGAACAUUGGGAAUCGUCAGGCUUACAUUGAGGAGUUGUGGCAGAAGUUGCAGCAAGCCCUGAAGGGUCAGGAAGCAUCCCUAGGUGAGGCCAGUCAACUGCAGAAGUUCUUGCAAGACCUUGAUGACUUCCAGGCAUGGCUGUUCAUGGCACAAAAGGCUGUGGCUUCAGAAGAUGCACCUGACUCCCUGCCCGAGGCUGAGCAGCUCCUCCAACAGCAUGCAGCCAUCAAAGAUGAGAUUGAUGGACACAAAGAUGACUACCAGAAUGUCAAGGUUUCCGGGGAGAAGGUGAUCCAGGGCCAGACUGACCCAGAGUACCAGCUCCUGGGCCAGAGGCUUGAAGGUGUGGACACAGGCUGGGACGCCCUCUGCAAAAUGUGGGAGAACCGGGGCCAGUUCCUUACCCAGUGCCUGGGUUUCCAGGAGUUCCAAAAGGAUGCCAAACAGGCAGAAGCAAUCCUGAGUAAUCAGGAAUACACUCUUGCUCACCUGGAGCCUCCAGAUUCAUUAGAAGCUGCAGAAGCUGGGAUCCGUAAGUUUGAGGAUUUCUUAGUGUCCAUGGAGAAUAACCAGGAUAAGAUCUUGAACACUGUGGCCUCUGGGAACAAACUCGUCAGUGAGGGAAACAUCUACUCUGACAAAAUUAAGGAAAAAGUACUGCUGAUCGAGGACAGGAACAAGAAGAAUAAUGAGAAAUCCCAGGAAGCAGCACUUCUCCUGAGAGACAACUUGGACCUUCAGAACUUCCUACAAAACUGUCAGGAGCUCACCCUCUGGAUCAAUGACAAGCUACUAUCAUCUCAAGAUAUUUCUUAUGAAGAGGCCCGAAACUUGCACAACAAAUGGCAGAAGCAUCAAGCAUUCAUGGCAGAACUGGCUUCCAACCAAGGGUGGCUGGAGAAAGUGGAUAAGGAGGGAAGGCAGCUGAUGGAGGAGAAGCCACAGUUUACAGAUGUAGUGACGCAACGGCUGAGGCAGCUGCACCGACUCUGGGAUGAGUUACAGUCCACCACCCAGGAGAAGGCCCAGCACCUCUUUGCCGCCAGCCGCUCAGACCUUCACGCCCAAACGUACGCUGACCUCAACAAAUGGAUCAGUGCCAUGGAGGACCAGCUGCGGUCUGAUGACCCUGGCAAAGACCUGACUAGUGUUAACCGGAUGCUGACAAAGUUGAAGAGGGUGGAGGAUCAAGUGAAUGUGAGGAAGAAGGAGUUGGGAGAGCUGUUGUCCCAGGUGCCCCCAGUAGGGGUUGAAGGGGAUGGUACAGAGCCAAGCAUUGAGAAGCGGUUCCUGGACCUGCUAGUGCCUCUGGGUAAGAGGAAGAAACAGCUGGAGUCAUCUCGAGCCAAGUUGCAGAUCAACAGGGAUGUAGAGGAUGAGACGCUCUGGGUGGAAGAAAGGCUACCACUUGCCCAGUCAGCUGACUAUGGAACUAACCUCCAAAGUGUGCAGCUGCUCAUGAAGAAAAACCAGACACUACAGAAUGAAAUUGUGGGCCACGCGCCCCGGAUAGAGGAUGUGUUACAUCGAGGGCAUGAGCUGGUGGAGGUGGCUGAGAUAGAUUGCCAAGACAUUGCAGAGCGCCUGGGGCAUCUGCAGGGCUCGUGGAAAUUGCUCCAAGAUGAGACCGCUCAGCGGUUGCGGAGGCUACGGGAGGCCAAUGAGGCUCAGCAGUACUACUUGGAUGCUGGAGAGGCAGAGGCCUGGAUCAGUGAACAGGAACUUUAUGUGAUCUCUGACGAGACUCCCAAGGAUGAAGAGAGCGCCAUCGUGAUGCUAAAGCGACAUCUGCGGCAGCAGCGCUCAGUUGAGGAGUAUGGGAAGAAUAUCAAGCAGCUGGCUGGCCGGGCUCAGAAACUCCUGUCUGCUGGUCACCCUGAGGGGGAACAGAUUAUCCGACUUCAGGGGCAGGUGGACAAACAAUACGCUGGGCUGAAAGAUAUGGCCGAGGAACGGAAGCGCAAGCUAGAAAACAUGUAUCAUUUGUUCCAGCUGAAGAGAGAGGCAGAUGACUUGGAACAGUGGAUUGCAGAAAGGGAGGUGGUGGCCUCUUCCCAAGAAAUGGGGCAAGAUUUUGACCACGUUACUUUGCUGCGGGACAAGUUUCGUGACUUUGCUCGGGAGACUGGGGCAAUUGGGCAGGAGCGGGUGGACAAUGUUAACUUGAUAAUUGAGCGGCUGAUUGAUGCUGGCCACGCUGAGGCCGCCACCAUUGCUGAGUGGAAGGAUGGGCUGAAUGAGAUCUGGGCUGACCUACUAGAGCUCAUAGACACCCGAAUGCAGCUGCUAGCUGCCUCCUAUGACCUGCACCGAUACUUCUAUUUGGGAGAAGAGAUCCUGGGCCUUAUUGAUGAGAAACAUCGGGAGUUGCCUGAAGAUGUGGGACUUGAUGCCAGUACUGCCGAAUCCUUCCACCGUGUUCAUACGGCAUUUGAGCGAGAAUUACAUCUCUUAGGAGUACAGGUGCAGCAGUUCCAGGAUGUGGCCACGCGCCUGCAGACAGCCUAUGCUGGAGAGAAGGCUGAUGAGAUCCAGAGCAAAGAGCAGGAGGUGUCCACGGCAUGGCAAGCUCUGUUAGACGCCUGUGCAGGGCGCCGGGCCCAGCUGGUGGACACGGCAGACAAGUUCCGCUUCUUCAGCAUGGUCCGGGACCUCCUGUCUUGGAUGGAAAGCAUCAUCCGACAGAUAGAAACCCAGGAGAAGCCCAGGGAUGUGUCUUCCGUGGAACUGCUCAUGAAGUACCAUCAAGGCAUCAAGGCAGAAAUUGAAACCCGGAGCAAAAAUUUCAGCACGUGCCUUGAGCUAGGAGAAUCGUUGCUUCAACGACAGCACCAGGCUUCUGAAGAGAUCAAGGAGAAACUGAAUCAGGUGAUGUCAAGAAGGCAGGAGAUGAUGGAGAAAUGGGACAACCGCUCAGAACGGCUACGUCUAUUGUUGGAAGUGUGUCAGUUCUCUCGGGAUGCUUCUGUGGCCGAAGCAUGGCUGAUUGCCCAGGAGCCUUACUUGGCCAGCAGGGACUUUGGACAUACGGUGGACAGUGUGGAGAAACUUAUCAAGAGACAUGAAGCCUUUGAGAAGUCCACAGCCACCUGGGCUGAGCGAUUUGCUGCCCUGGAGAAACCCACCACGCUUGAGCUGAAAGAACGCCAGACUCCAGAGAAACCCACAGAGGACAGUGGGGCUCAGGAGGAGGAAGGUGAGACAGCUGGGGAGCCUCCUCGGAGUCUCCAUCGGGUAACCACUGAAAGAACAUCGCCGGUCAGUUCCUUCUCACGUUUGUCUAGUUCCUGGGAAUCUCUACUGCCAGACCCCAUACACCCAUCCUAGAGCUCAGGCCGAGUCAAUUGGCAGGAAUGCUGAGAAUGGUGCACCCAUCACUCCCCUGGCCCGUCCGUCUUCCCCUCCCCCUUCCAGAGGCUCCUGUUUCAGUUCAGUCUUCCUCAUUUUAUGGUGUUUACUUAAUUCUCUAGUAUAACUGACUUCCUCCUCAAUUCUGUGUAAAUGAAAUGCCGGGAGGGGAUUAUGUGCCUAUCCAUCGAGGUGCCUUCCCUUUUAGUCUGGUUUUAUUUAGUUUAAUAAAUGUUAAUGGAUAAACAUAUCACUGUUCAUAGCAGAGGGAAGACCAAAUAAUUCAUGCUGAGCUGUUCUGUUUUUAAACUUUCUGUUUUCCUUCCAAUUCACCCCUUCCUUGUCCUCAGAACUGGAGUGUUUUUCUCCCCACUUGCAGGACCUUCUGAGUUCUGGAAGUAGACUCAUUCUUCUCUGGCCCUGAGAGUGGGAAGUGCACAGUACCCAUUCCUUCUACCCCCAUCCUCAUGAGCUCCUUUUUUUUUUCUUAAUGAAAACUUUUACCACCUUUCUCAAUUCCCAUUCAUCCAGGCCUGAUGCCCCAGAUUCCCUGGGGUACACAUGUGGAGGUCCUGGAGGCUGGGAAGGGGGUUAAGUGGAAGAGUGGGAGAAGAAAACCUUAGAAUAUCAGAUGAAGGGGGUGAGAUCUAAGCCUUCUGUUGUACACAAGAAAGGUAUGUAGUAGACGUAGCAGAGGAGACAGCAGAAGAGGCUCAGGGAUUACUAUAGUCAACCAAGAUCCCAGGAUUUCAUUCAGGGGCUCUCUAGAGGGCGUCGUCAGAGGUUAUGAGUAAGACAAAACCCAGAAGAGGAGAAAAAAGGGGUCACGGCGGCAAGGUAAGAAGCAGGUUCCAGCGGAGUUUCUGUUGGGGACAAGUGAAGGUAUAAAGGCAUUUCUGUGGGGGAACAGUUAUUUGGUGAUGAAGUCAAAUGAAUACAGACCUGCGAAAGUGAGCAAGAAGAAAGCAAGAAGAUGUCUUGUGUACCACCAGCCUAUGCACAGCAUUCCUACCUGCAUGGCGCUACUUCCCCUUCCAUUCCUAAGUCAUCCAGCCCAGUGCAUGCUUCCGUGGAUCUCCUGGGUAGAAGUGAAGUGAAGCGUGGUCCUCCUUCACCCCACCCUGUCUUGGUUUCUAGACGUUAGUGAAAUCUGGGGACAGGGCAAGAAAUUAACUCAGGCUGUAAACUGGUUUUCUGUGAGAUACCACUGUAUCGGAUCUCAUGCCCAAACCAGAUUUGUGCCCUCUCCCUCUCAGUACCUGAGCCGGGGUAGUGGUAAGAAUACUGUCCGAGGAGUCAGGAGACAUGAGUUUUAGUCCCAGUUUAGUCACUGGCUUGCUGUGUGACUUUAGGUAAGUCAUUUUAAUGUGUUUAAUGUCUUCAUUUAAGAAAUGAGAAGGUUGGAUUAGAUGAUCUCAAAAGGUCCUUUCUAGGACCAUUCUUCCAAGUACCAUUCUUAGAUUAAGCCUGCACAUUUAUGUCUUCAUACUCUAAAAACACACAUACACAGUGCGUAUCUCUGCUGCCUCGUGCCUCAGUGAUAUUCAGAAACCUGCUCUGGCCCCCACGUGCUUGGCAGGAGGGCAGUAGCAGAAGUCCAGCAGUGGAGGACGCAGGGUCCACCUCAGAAGCUCCCAAGAAAGUUCCUUUUGCAUGUGGUAAUCCUCCUUCCUGGCCUUUGGUGAAAUAAUCCCAAACUCCCACUAACCAGCAGGCAGCCAUGGCAACAGGAGCAGAGCUGAACUAAACCAAGCCCAGCAUUUGCCAAAAAAAAAAAAAAGUUGUGGUCUGACUUCCCAAAAUAACCUUGCCUCUACCUCUUCUGGAGACACAGGACUUGAGGCCAUGUGGCCAGUGCUGUCCUCCAAAGACUCACUGCUUUCCUGCUCCGUGGCUGUUUUCCCUAGUAUAAAUCAUUAUUUGUCUGUGUGGAAUUGUA